GGCGGGCGACAGUGGCGCUGGGAGCCCGCGGGCAGCGACCGCAGCCGCCGCGCCGGGCCGCCGAGAUUGGGUGCCCGGGAUGAGCUUCACCCGGAAAAAAGGCUUCUACAAGCAGGACGUCAACAAGACCGUGUGGGAGCUGCCCAAGACCUACGUGUGCCUGACGCACGUCGGCAGCGGAGCGUAUGGCGCCGUAUGCUCUGCGAUCGACAAGCGGUCGGGGGAGAAGGUGGCCAUCAAGAAACUGAGCCGGCCCUUCCAGUCUGAGAUCUUCGCCAAGCGGGCCUGUCGGGAGCUAAUGCUGCUGAAACACAUGCAGCAUGAGAACGUCAUUGGGCUCCUGGAUGUCUUUACCCCAGCCUCCUCCCUGCGCAACUUCCAUGACUUCUACCUGGUGAUGCCCUUCAUGCAGACUGAUCUGCAGAAGAUCAUGGGCGUGGAGUUCAGUGAGGAGAAAAUCCAGUACCUGGUGUACCAGAUGCUCAAAGGUCUUAAGUACAUCCACUCAGCUGGCAUCGUGCACAGGGACCUGAAGCCAGGCAACCUGGCAGUGAAUGAGGACUGUGAACUGAAGAUCCUGGAUUUUGGGCUGGCACGGCACGCAGAUGCUGAGAUGACCGGCUACGUGGUGACUCGCUGGUACCGGGCCCCUGAGGUGAUCCUCAGCUGGAUGCACUAUAACCAGACAGUGGAUAUCUGGUCAGUGGGCUGCAUCAUGGCUGAGAUGCUCACCGGGAAGACCCUGUUCAAGGGGAAAGAUUACCUGGACCAACUGAUGCAGAUCCUGAAAGUGACCGGGGUGCCGGGUGCAGAGUUUGUGCAGAAGCUGAACGACAAAGCGGCCAAAUCCUAUAUCCAGUCUCUGCCCCAGACACCCAAGAAAGAUUUCACCCAGCUCUUCCCCCGUGCCAGUCCCCAGGCCACAGACCUGCUGGAGAAGAUGCUGGAACUGGACGUGGACAAACGCCUGACCGCCUCGCAGGCCCUCGCCCACCCCUUCUUCGAGCCCUUCCGGGAUCCUGAGGAGGAGACGGAGGCUCAGCAGCCCUUCGAUGACUCCUUAGAGCAUGAGAAACUCACCGUGGACGAAUGGAAGCAGCAUAUCUACAAGGAGAUCGUGAACUUCAGCCCCAUCUCCCGGAAGGACUCCCGCCGCCGAAGUGGCAUGAAGCUCCAGUGACAUGCCAGCCCGACCCCCAGCUGAGCCCAGGGACUGCCACCUGGCACCGCCGGCCAGGCACUGUCCAGGACCAUGUUAAUAUGUCGCAGC